AACGGUUACACGCAGAUGAUUUGAUAUGGAACAUCUGGUGCAUCACUGGGAAUCCCUCUUCGGAAUCCUGCAUGGGUUUGGUUUGUGGAUAAUACAUGAGGAGGUCGCCCGUGUGCCUAAGAUCCUGGGCUUCCUUUUUAUUGUUCUCUUCCCCCCUUCGCAAAUGUCCAACAACUUUCUCCCACAUCAUCAAUAUUGUCCUACCCCUCUGGCACAUAGCACAUACAGCCCUGCAAUAUUUCUGCAACGCUUUCCGCUGUUCUGAACGUUACCAUGGAUGGAGGAUGGAGGAUGGAGGAUGCAAGCCUCUCUGAUGAUGAGCAUGAGUCCUCUUUGCCAGUCCCUACCUA